UGAAUUAUUCCGGGGGUCCCCGAGCGUGGUUGAAACGCGACGCAACCCCGUAGUUUCCAGGUUAAUAAUUAAAUCCCGCUUAAAAUUAUGGUUGCAUCAUAGCGUUUCGUAGCAAAUACCUGCACUCUGAGCUUCGGGUGCACUCUUCGGGUGCGUUCUUCGCAUCCGCGAUGCUCUCGUUCGCUUCUUACACGUCGAACAGACGAAAGACGCCGCAUCCGCGGUUCAUUUCAGCGCGCACGUCACUCACUUCCGCGCGCAUCUUGACGUGACUGGAUGCUUGUGCGACUGCAAUCUGUGACUCGUUCCUCCGCGGUGUCGGCAAAUCUCGAAGGACCGAGCUGACGGCCGAGCACGUCAGUGAUGUCCUGUCUGAGCGCGCUGUACUGGCAAAUAACGACCCUGUUCUCGGUGCCCCAGCAGCUGCUGCUCUUGCGGCACAAGGUCUUCCGCGAGUACGCCAAGAUCGCGGUCGGACCGGAUUUCAUCCACACGUUCCCCUCUAUCCUGAUCCUGACGGCCGCAAUAGUCAUCCUGUGGAAGCAUCCGCCGUCCAACGGCCGGCUCAUGCAUCUUUUAGGCGGCUCUUUCGCGUACAGAAGCCUUCAGGUGUUGGUCAGCUGGCUCGCGAUUAAUGCGCUUUUAUGGCUGUGGCUGAUCCUCCAGAGGGUGCUCUACUGCAGCGUCUGGCAUUAUUGGAGUUACGAAUUUGAACACCAGGAGAUACUAAAUCGCGUCUGGUGGCAACGGCUUUGGUCGUCGUACUAUCCCGUUCAUGUGCAACCGUCGGUGAUGUCAACGGAAUUUAUUAGUUGGAUCACCGCAAUGUCGAUGACGUUAACCGCGUUAGGAUUUGCGAUCUACAUAGAUCAUGUGGUGACUCUCAUCAAAAUGACUCUGACUACAGCGUGGGAUGCGCUCACGACGGUUGUUGGUUGCAUGAAAUGGCCAUGGAAAAAUGUACUAUUGCCUCUGGUGUUUGGGAGGUAUUUUCUCCUUUUAUUCUUAUCUUUUUCUCUUCAUCUUCCGCUUUUUCUAACAAUUUUCAACAGAAGAGAUGUUGAAAUUCUUAUGUCCAGCUUCGAAAUGCAGGAGACAAUGGUAAGUACCGAGGCGAACAUGGCGAUGGAGGGCAGCGAAAGCGACUCGAUUCCCGACGAUAUUCUCUCGAAAAUGUCGGUCGAUACGAACUGUCCGACGCCAGCGGAUGUGCAUCCAACCUCCUACAAGACUAACUGGCUGCCGCAGCCGAAUUUCGCCACGUUCAAGGAGGCCCAUCGAAAGAUAUCGAUGAAGUCCUUUCACACAGUAGCAGGUGUAAACGACGUUCAGGAUCCCGAUAAGAUCGCCGCGAAGCAAGCGCGACAUCGGCGUGGCUGUCACACCAUAAUACCCAGCAAUUCCAGCGACCAGUCGAGUGAACAUUGAAGGGACCCGUCCGAAGGAUGCUCGCCGAAUGUAUCUCACGAUAAUUGAAUCAUGCUCAACGCAUGGCAAAUUUAUCUCUAAAGCCGAGCUCGUGUAAAUUCUGAGCGAACCUUCGCCUUGAAAUCGCGCGAGCGCCGCGACGCGGCUUGCAUAUAUUUGCGAAGCUCUCGAAUUUGCGUAGCUUCUCGACAUUUUCUACGUCAAGUUUACGUCUAAAUUUUGGACGGAAGUGCUUUGGAGAAAAAUGUAUUUUGAGGACCAUGUUUCUCUCGGAGGAAACGAUAUUGUGCUCGAACGCCGAUCUUGUGAUAACCAUCGAGAGCAUCGAUGAAAAACGCCCUGCACACACCCGAAGAGCACACAAUAAACGCAAUCGUGUUACGUAAAGACGUAACGUAACGUUACGUAAGCCCAAGAUCGCGUGCCGCUUA